CGGGCAAGUACUGAUUACAUACACGUUCUAGAACCGACAUGAUCCUGCCAAUGAUUUCACUUUAUUUGUGGAUACAUAACUCAUAAGAGAACAAAAGCUUAUAAUUAAAGGUAUGUAUAUCUUGUACAUCGUACGCAUCAUAUGGAUGCCGUUUUCUAUAUCCUGGCUAAGGCUAAAGAUUAGUAGACUCACUGAAGAUCAUGCAGUCCGGGGAAUUUUGAUAAAUAAAUUGAACAACACAAGGCAUAUAUCUUCUGCUUAUUCGUCAAUAUAUAUGAGCAUGGCUUUAUAUACUAUACCACAACCAGGUUUCAACUUAUUACCCGCAUAAAGGUUUGAGGUACCGUGUACGGAGUUAUUUAGAGUUAUUUCCGGCAAUAUUCGCGAACAAAAUUUGCGAUAAAAUUUAAUCAGUAUAUAUAAGUUAUAACUAUUAAUAUAUGCAUGUACUAACAGGCAAAGGUCUCUAAGCUGGCCCUAUAAGGUUUGUGUAAAAGUACGGAAUACAAGUGUACGUAUACAAUAUCAUUUUGCCGAAAAUUAUUUGUACACGGAGUUAUUUGGGAAGACCACGUAAUAUAGAGAUUGACCGAUAUGAAAGUAUGUAAAAUAUCCCAGUAUGACUAUCGUGUUGUUAGCUGAAAUCUUGCUGUUCAUGCACUAUACGAAUUAAUUCAAUAAUCUUCUGGUACGUGAAGGGAAAGUAGCAAGCGUAAGCAGUGUUUAUACAUUUGCAUUUAAAUACGAGCCAUGUUUGGUGUGACAGCCCUCUCUUGCAAUGGUGUGCCGAAACUUUGCCGUUAUAUUGGCCUUGGGGAAGGCGUUGUAGCAUUUAGUUCGUUGGUUUAUUGACCAACACAGGAGAUUUUCAUUCCUUAAAAUUUUCAUCUUGAUAUGUCUAUGAACGGUGAACACUGUGAACAUGUAUUCACCUCUCGGUCCUCUCCCCACAAACUGUCUGAUCAGAAGUUCUGAACAUGACAGGUCGCGUGAGCGCCGGCUCCUGACCAUGGUAUCAAACGGCUAAAUAAGGCCGUUUUCCAUUAACGUUCGCUUUGCCCGCGCGGGCGGAGCGUUCAUUAGGGAGCUUUAGAUUUGACUACGAGUACGACUACGAGUACGAGAUUCGUCAAGCUAAACGCAUGCUGUACGCUUACGCCAUCCCGUACUGACGCUAAAAAGUCGUAGCCGUCGCCCAUCUGAGUACGAAAUUGUGGAGAAACCUCGUAGUCCUCACGACGACUUUUCAAAAAAACAAAGAAAGUUGGCUUUUUUUUGUUUUCCAAAAAUAAUUUGUAGCAUUUAUAUAGCGUUUAUCCGGCGCAAAUAAUAUAUUAGUACUAAAUAUCUGGCCUGUUUUUGAUUUUAUAACUUAUUUGCAAGUUUUGUAGGGGAUUUUAGUCAGAAGGAGAUUUAGUUUAUGAAACUUUUUCUCUCGUUGUUGAUUUACUGUUAUAAAAGCAACAUUUGAAUGGAAACGAGAACGACUACGGUGACUUCCUCGCACGCGUCAAAUCUCGUACUCGUAGUCGUACUCGUAGUCAAAUCUAAAGCUCCCUAUUGUUUUUGACGACCGUCACGCCCACGUGAGCAGAUUUUCAAAGCUGCUCCGCACGCGCGGGCAAAUGGAAACCGGCCUUUAGAGAAUUUACGAUCUACGACGCGGUCUGAAUCUCAGCUCAAGAAUGAACGCUAAGCAAUUUGAUUACUGCAUGUAUUAAAUGUUUGAAGCUUUUUCAAAUAACCUCUAAUCUAACUUCAAUAAUCAGCUAUGGCGCUGUUACAUGUACUAUGCAAUUUGUCUCGCAAUUUUGUAGAGACACAAGUUGCACGCGAAAUUGCAAGGUUAUCAUGCCUCUCAAUCAACAAGCGUCGCAAUUUUUUUGUUGCAACAACCAUUGCACGAAGUAGAAUCAGGUUCUACUUUUUGCAACGAUUGCGGCAACGCUGCAAUGCAUUUUUAAAGCAUUGCGUUGUGUUCCUAUUGGCUUUUGACUGACAAUAUGGCGCCAAACGUUAGAACUUGCGGUUUUUAUACUAUUUUAAUGAAUAAUGAUCAUUGCAAUUUGCAUGGAACAUAUUGCUUGGUGUAACAUCCCUUGCAAUGCAAUCCUGAAGUCGUUUUUCUUAAUGUAUAUAACAGUGUAACAGCGAAUUUCGACUUUAAGUAACACCUCUUAAGUAACACCUCAUGCAAUAAGCUUUCACGUUGCAUGAAAGACGUGACAGAGCUUAAGUCAUUGAAAAUACCCCUUGGAUCACAAAUUAUUCACAGUUUUUGUCUUGCAUGACAAAUUUCUUUCUCGACAAAUUUCUUUAAUGAUAGAUGCCAGACGAUUCAGGCACUUUUAAGUGCUUUAAAAGUCCAGUUAAGUGGUCAGUGCUAUUUCCUUAUAAUGGACGACUUGCGCUUUAGAAAAAUUUUUAAUCUGGGAAUAACAAAGGAUAUUUUCGGAAAGAAGUUAUCAAAAUUAGAAAAACUGCAAAGUUUAGUUGCGAAAUGUUGUAAAAUACGUGGCUUCGACCAAUAUAUAUAGGCGUAUACUUAAUUUUGAUUCAGUCAUAUAUUUCAGUUGGGCAAAUUUAUUGAUCAUUAAUGUUACCUGCAGAGUUAAAACUCUAAAAGCUGCAUGGUGUUUCAGAUGACGCUCCGCGUGUGCAUUUUAGAGCUAUAUGUUUGAAAUGAACCCAUAAGCUAUAUAAAUGUCUAAAAUAUAUUGAAUGUGACUUUGGUUGAACAGUCUCGCAACUGAACAGAGCGUAUCAUGACAUUCGUAUAUUUGAAAGUAAUAUUUGAAAGUAAUGAUAGAUGCCAGACGCCAGGCCACUACUUUAUUGUAAGACAUAAAUUUUGUAUUGAACGAGUGAAAAUGUUCUUGUAUUUUGUUUUGUUGUUUGCAGGACUGGACAUACCUGCAAUUGACCGUUGCAGAGUUUCCCGUGGCUUUCGUAAAUAUUCUGGGGGUCAGAAAUGGAUGAACACAAAGAAACAAAAUCUGAACGUCAUGCGAACCGCAGUGGGACAACGAAACUAAAGUGCUAUGAAGAAAUGCUGGUGAAGAGCAUGUUGGGUAAAUAUUUUCUGUAAAAUAUUUUUAAAGCUAUGAUGCAAAGUCACAACCUGCGUGUUUCCAAGAGAAAACGUAUAUAUGCAUGGUAGAAAUUAUUAAACUGAUUCAAGAAGCCUGGUGCAUGCUGAGCGAAUUUCUCUCAAAUUUGACCAGUUAUAGUAUAAUAAAUGCCAAAUCAGUUACCGUGCAUAGUAUUUCACCAUUUUUCAAACUUUUUUUUAUAUUGUGUACGAAAGAUAAGCGCACUCACAUCACGCGAAAAGUUUCGUUACUUUUUGGAAAGUCAAAUCACUACAAAAGUGUAUGCGGUAGCUAUAGGUUUUCGUUUUUCCUUCAUAUUCAUAAUAUAUAUACAUAUAUAACUUAAUUCUUUCUAAACCUUUCUUCUAACUAAGUUGCUUUGUGUUCGAAGGGCGAUAAAUAAAAAAUGUAAAUAGAUAACUAUUGUCAGGGAAAUGUUGAUUUUACUAUGGCAGUGACCAUGUGCGGAAAAAAUCACUGAUUUGUAAACUUUAUGCCAUUUAAAGAGAAGAAAGUCCAUAUUAACGAUCCACCCUGGAUUACGGCUGAACUUGAAGAUCUUAUAAAACGCCGUCAACGAGUAUUUCAUAAGAAGACCUAGACUUGUAUCGAUUCUACCGUAAUCGUGUUAACACUGAACGGAAAAAGUGUCAAAGUGGGGUUUUUUCAUUAAAAAUCAAGCAUCUAAAAGAGUCAAAGCCAUCUCUUUGGUGGAAGGAAGUGUUAGAUCAAUUACAAUUGGACCAACUGAUUAACUGAAAAUAUUACAAACCGUAAAAAAUGAAGCUUUCUUAAUUUCUUUGCUCCAGUAUGAAUCUACUAUAGCGCCAGUGAUGGUUAAUGACGAAUUUUCGAAUUUUCCUUUGUUCUUAAUUACUCAUGCAAUUAGAGGUUUAUAACAUUCUCCGUAACUUAAAUCCACGGAAAGCAUCCGGUCCUGACGGAAUUCCGAACUGGCUCUUGAGAGAUCAUCAGGGACGCCGGAACGAUAAUAGGGCAAAGGGGGGCGGACGCACACCAAGGGCACCUUUACUGAAAAAUUUUUUUUCACUGCAAAAUUUUUUGGCGACCUCCCCCCCCUUCGCCAAAAAAAUUUCGGUCAGUGUACCAUUUUAGGGGACAAAAAUUUUUUCCGGACAUACAAGAAUUUUCCGUGAAGCCAAAAAUUUUUCCGGAUAUCUUAAAUUUUCGCCAUUUCUUCAAAAUAUUUUUCUAAAUUCCAAAAAUUUCCCAAAACUUUUAUAAAUAUAAACUAUAAAUUACCUGAAUCUCGUGAUUUUCCUCCAAAAAGCAUCGUUGGAAAUGUGAUUUAUCACGUAUUAUUUUACAACUAAAAGGGCACUUCUGCCCCCCUUGCCCCCCCUAGCAAAAGGCAAGGGGGGCAGCCACCCCCCCUGCCCCCCAGUUCCGGCGUCCCUGGAGAUCAUGCUGAACUUUUAACUGUACCAGUUUGCUCCAUACUAAAUAAUUCUUACCAGGAAAUGAAGCUUCCUACUGUAUACUAUCUGGAAUGCCAACGUCACCCCUAUACCUAAACUCAAACCGGUUACUGACAUUAAUAAGCAUCUCCGACCAAUUUCUUUGACAUCAACAAUUUCAAAAGUCGCUGAGGAAUUCAGUGUUGUGUCGAGGUUCAACGUAGACUUGCUCCAAGUCUCUCUUUCAUUGUCAUAUAGUAUCGAUCCACUAUAGUGUACAUUACAUGACGUAGUACGGAGAGGCGGAGCGAGAAAGAGAGACUUGUCAACUUCGGAAAAUCUCGGUUCGAAACUGAACCGAAAAUGCAAGACUUGCUUUAGUUAUUUUCCUUCAAUUUCUUUCUGUAUUGUUUACUAUAAUGGAACUCAUGUUAUUUACGCUGUGCUAGAUCAAUACAUAUAAACACUGACAGAAAACAAUUAAAGCAAGUCUUGCAAUUUCGGUUCAGUUUUGAACCGAGAUUUUCCAAAGUUGACAAGUCUCUCUUUCUCGCUCCGCCUCUCCGUGCUACGUCAUGUAAUGUAAUGUAAUGUAAUGUACACUAUAGUGGAUCGAUAGGACAAGGAAAGAGAGACUUGGAGCAAGUCUAGGUUCAACGCUCCAGCAAUCUUAAAAGUAAUUGAUCCUAACCAAUUUGGUGCUAUUCCUAAAUCCUCAAGCUGACAAGCUCUGGUCUCCAUGAUUCAUGAAUGGGUAAAAGCUACGGAUGGUACUUCUGCAGUGGUGAGAAUUGUGUUAUUUGACUAUACUAAAGCUUUUGACACUAUAUUCCUCUCCAAAAAUUAACUUCGCAGUCUAGACAUACCAUAUGAAAUAUGGUAUGUCUUACAGACAGAUAUCAAAGAAUAAAGAUCUCAAACGAUUCUUACUAUGAAUGGGGUCACGUUCCAUCAGGUGUGCCCCAAGUAGCGCCCUGGCCCCAAGGCACUAAAUUGGGGCCUUGGCUCUUUUUUAUGAUUAAUGAUUUAGAAGUGAGAUAUUCACCGACCUGGAAGUUCGUUAAUAGUAAUAUAGUAAAACUUUAUUUAACCACGCUUCCCUCAUCACCCAUGGAUGAUUUUCAUGAGGGGCGUCACACAAAUUACAUUCUAAAAACUAAUAUAAAUUAAAUAUGAAAUAGAAUAACAUAGAAUAACAAAUACGUAGAUAAAAAAGUUAAAAAACCAAGACUAUUCGAUGCCUGACUCUGUAGCACACAUUAUUUUAUCAAAUUUUUGAAGCUACUUAAAGUGAUUCUGUUUGCUUUGCCUGCGUAGGUAAACUAUUCCAUAGAACAGCCCCGCUAUAUCCAAAACUCUUUUUUAAAUAUUCAGUACGUGGUUUAGGAACUGAAAGAUUUAUAUCAGCAUUUCUGAGAUUAUAAUUAGUACUAAGAUUUAUGUCUCUUGUUACAAAUUUAUCCUUUAAGUUCGGAGCUGAGUGGUUGUUUAAUAUUUUAAACAUCAAGACCGAUUUAUUCAUUUUAUGUCUGUCGUUCAGAUUUUUCCAUGACAUAGCAUGGAGCAAAUCUGUCGACCUGACAUCAUAAUUGGCACCUGUCAUAAUUCUUGCCGCCCUAUUUUGUAGUUUUUGUAAUUUCUCUCUGAGCGUGCUUCCACAAUUAUCCCAUAAAGAUGAACAAUAGUCAAAAUAUGGGAGAACGAGAGAAUUAUAUAACUAUUUUGUAGUGUUUCGGACGGUACAAACGGCUUUACUCUUUUGAUGAUUCCAAUACCGGAGCCAACUUUCCUACAUAUUGUGUCUAUAUGGUUUUCCCAGCUCAUUCUUUCAUCUAGUUCUACUCCCAGACAUGGAAAAGAGGAAUAUCGAGUAACCGGUUUAUCAUUUAUCAUAACCUGUUCAUUACCAACUUUGUUUUUUAAGUUAUAGGGUGAUCCUAUAAACAUUGCUUUUGUCUUUUUUUGUGUGAAGUUGCAAUUUAUUUCGAGAGAGCAAUUUGACUAUAUUUUCUAAAUCAUGAUUAAGUUUGGUUACUAGUUCGGAGAAACUUGCGGAAGAUGCAUAUUGAUUUGAGUAUCGUCAGCAUACAUGCCAGGAGUUGUGUUUUUCAGACAUUCUGGCAAAUCAUUUAUAUAUAAUAAAAACAUGAGGGGUCCCAAGAUAGAUCCCUGUGGAACUCCGCAUACAAUUUCCUUAGCCAACGAUGUGUGGCCAUCGACAACACAAACUUGGCUUCGUUUCGUCAAAUAGGAUUGGAACCAUUUUAGCUCAAAAUCUUGAACACCAAACUGGUCUUGCAUCAUCCUUAAUAGGACUUUAUGAUCAAUAGAGUCAAAGGCUUUCCUAAUAUCAACCGAAAUUAAUCCGGUUAUUUCUCCAUUAUCCAUAUUUUCAAACCAAUUGUCACUCAUUUCUAUUAAUAAGGACAGUGUCGAAUGUUUGGGCCGGAAGCCCGAUUGAAAACGUGAAAGUAGAGAAUUGUCUAUCAAAUAUUGAUAGAGCUGUCCAAAUACUUCUUUCUCAAAUAAUUUGCUGAUAAUGGGAAGAAUAGAUAUCGGGCGAUAGUUUUCACAUUUCGUUCUAUCUUCUGUUUUAUAAACAGGUAUUACCCUAGCUCUUUUCCAAUCAUCAACAUAUAUCCCAGUAGAAAUUGAGAGAUUAAAUAUAUAGGUCAAGGAUGGGGCAAUAAUAUCGCAAGAUAAUUUCAGCAUUUUGGCUGGUAUUCCAUCAGCCCCGGUAGCCUUGGAUACUUUUGAUAUUACUAUGUACGAAAUAGUCUCACAGGGUAGUGCCAGUCAAAUACAACAAGAUGUCAAAGAAAUUGAAAGUCGGUCAUCUAAGAAUAAGUUACAACUUCAUCCUGAUAAAUGUAACGAAGAACUCGUUAUAGACUUUAAACAACGGAAAGACCAAUUUGACCCUAUAUAUUAAUCAACAAUGAGCCUAUUGACGUAGUACGUCAUGCCAAAUUUUUAGGCCUUACAGACUUACAGUGUCGGUCCGUCGGACAAUCUUCAAUGGAACAAUCAUGUCAAUGAAGUGAUUAAAAAGGUUGACAAAUGAUUAUUUUUUCUCGUUCAAUUGAAACAAGCUGAUGUUCCGGCAAAAGAUCUUAUUAAUUUCUACACUACAUGUAUUCGAUCUAUUCUCGAUUAUGGCGCACAAGUUGUCCAUUAUAUGCUGCCACAAUACUAUCUGGAAUCCUUAGAACGAGUCGAAAACUUUAUAACCCAAACCAAAUUUUGUAACCCUGCAUGGUUCACUGUUAAACUGCAAAUCUGGUAAAACAACCAACAAAUUGGAUUUAGUUUUCGCCAUAUAAAAGACCUAGGCUUUAGCCAGUAAGCAUAUACAGUCGUGUAAAAAUACAAGAAUGAUGAUUUUUGACCAUACCAAUUACGUGUCUCGUUGACCUUAACGAUCUUCUGGUCUCUUAACACUAAAAAUUAUGUUUUCUAACAUUAAUUGAAACAAAACACAUAAAACAAUUAAAUUAUGUGAUAUGGCUUGAGCAAAAAAAUGAAACGCCAGAUUUGACCCAGUGUAGUAGUAUCAUGCACUGACACUGCAAGGAAAACAAAGUCAACAAACCGUUGUGUAACCAUCCAUAAAUAAUACAAUGCUUCAUUUGUUGAUUCUUUAGGAACGUCUCGUCACAACGAGCCACUUCAAGCUGUCAUUGAAAACCAAUUGAACCCGACCGCUUUGGAAGAAACAAAUAACAGCAUCUUGGAAAGGAAUCGCGCCCUACUGCAGUAUGUAGCGACAAUAGCUAACUCCAAUAGUAGCUCUGAUAAGUUUAAUUAUGAGUUUGUGGAAUCUUUGGUAAAUGGAGGUGCUGAUAUUAACAUUGCUGAUCAGUAUGGACAAUCAAUAUUUCACGAAGUAGCAAGAUCGUGGGAUUCUGAUGUCGCCCAGUUUCUUCUCGACAUAGGUAAAGAUCUGCCCGAAUUCGUCUCAUUUUCAAUUGAUUGGUUACAAUUAUAGCCUUUCUCACUCACGCCGCCAUUUUUGGGUGGCUUUUCAGCCGAAGUCUGCGAUUAUCUCGCAGCGACGUUUUAUAAUUUUUUUUAUAACAGCGACUUUCUAUAAUUUUUUUGACUAUGGUAAAUUUGCUUUUUAAAUGGUUAGUUUAUUUUGAAAAAUUGCUUUUCACAUUGUUUUAAUUGUCUGCAAUGGAGAUGCCAACCAAAAAUGGCGGAUAUUCGUCAUUGUGAGAAAGGCUAAUUAAACUUUGAAUUGAUAUUACCAGGCUGAGAGACGAAAUCGUUGAAAGAUAUUAAUUUAAUUUAUUCUCAGUCCGUAUUUCCAUGUCCGCUACUAAAACGUAGCCUUCUGAUUGGUGCCGAAGGGGAAUCUCCGGGUCCGUUUGCACAAAAAUAAACAUGUCAUAAGAGUGAAGAUAAUUUCUAAACUUUGAAAACUAUGACCCAAAAAUUGAAAAACAUAUCCUGACGAUAGUGAGGAACAGGAAUUUCAAAGUAAACGUAUUUAAUUUGUAUCAAUUCGGCCACACUCUAUUCGAUCAUGGAUCAUCCUCGGUCCUGGGCCUCACGGCUGAGAACGCAGUUCAUAUAAUAACUACAGUGAAACACGCAAUUUGAUUGGUCAAUAGCCGUGCAGGAUCAGGCUAUCCUGCACGUGGAAUUAAAAUGCCUUCGCGGGAUGUUCGCGGGAUUCUCAAAAUGUCAUUGUUUCACUGUAGUUAUUUUAUAAAACAAGUACCAAAUGGUUUUCCAAGCAGGAUAGCGUGAUCCAUGCAUGCACUUGGGAUGUUGCUCGACUUUCGGAAAGCGUAAAAAUACACUCGCGUGCGGCUCGAGUAUUUUUACGCUUUCCGAAAGUCUCGCGACAUCCCUCGUGCAUGGAUCACACAAUCCUGCACGGAAAACCAUUCGGUAUUCCUUUAGUCAGCUAUGAGACCCUGGGGACCGAGGAUGACCAUGGAUAAUUAAAAAGAUGGGGUGGAUAGGAAUGAUGGAUACGUGAUCUCAUGAAUACAACGAAUAUAGUAAUUUUCACUGCCUUUUUCUUCCAUUUUGAUAUUCCUAUAUUUUUCGCAUUCAAGUAGCUAUAUUGAGAUUUAUAAUGGUUUCAUUGUCAUUUAAACCCACCUGUUUACUCGAGGAAAAUGUUGUUCGUUAUUGUUUUAGAUUUUUUUUUCACGCAAUCAAGAAAUUAACGUCACAAAAACUACUGUUGAAAAUUAUUGAAAUUUGUGACUAAUGCUUCAAGUGAUACGUUUCCUGAAAAUGACCAACAAUAUUAAGAUCUAAUAUUUAAUUUGAUCGUGAGAACCGCAUGAUUGUAUUCCUUAUAUUCUUAUACGUUUCAAUUUGAACUAAAAUGCUCUGCUGCAUGUAUUAUUGUUAAUCGUAGUGGAAUUGUCAGUUUUGGUUCUAGUGAUGUCCUAAUUUUCAACAAAGUAUAAACGUUGGCUAAGCUGAGAAAAUCAAAGCUAAAGUUUAUUAAAUUAACAUGAUGUUUUAUCACACUGAUAUAAAACCACCGAAACGGCUGCUGUUGAACCUUUUUGCCGUUCUUAUAUCGAAUCAAAUACAAAACAAGUGAAACUCCAAAAAUCGAUAACAUUUUUAUUUAUCUACGUUUCGACUAUAUUUCAGUCAUCAUCAGGAUAAACUUAUCCUGAUGAUGACUGAAAUAUAGUGCGGCGAAACGUAGAUAAAUAAAAAUGUUAUCGAUUUUUGGAGUUUCACUUGUUUUGUAUUUUAUUAAAAUACUCAGUGGUUUUAAAAAUUUAUAUCGAAUCGUUCUAUGUUAUAUUAUAUGUCAUUCCUUCAUUUUAAGGUUGUGAUAUCAACAAACAAGAUUCCUAUGGUCGUUCGCCUCUCCAUGUUGCUGCCGCUGUUGAUUAUUUAGAAAUGACGGAAUUCCUCUUGCUUAAUAACGCUAAUAUUGAUGCGAGGACCAUCAAUGAAAAUCAAGCCCCCAUUCACUUUGCUGCAAAAAAUGGUGCAACAAAAUCACUUCGAGUGUUGUUGGGAUUUCACGCAGAUAUCAACUCGUUGGAUUCUAAGCAACGCACCCCGCUACAGGUUAGUUCCAGCCAUAGUUAGAUAUUUUUAACUUGAAGACACAAAAACCCUUGGUUAAUUCAAAUUUAACUGUUUUGUUUCUGUAUUUCUGCACGUCUGUUUAUUUCAAAACUUCAGAGAAGUAAAUUCUUAUCCAACCAUACAAUAUUUCUGAAGAAAUAUUUCCACUGAUUGAUAGACAAGCUGUCAGGAAGUUUAAUUAAGUUUGUUUAGUUAUAAACCGGUCCCAUGCUAGUAAAAUACAAAUCCAUUUUGACAUUAGCAGUGUUCAGUAUUUGGUGGAAUAUGUCAGUUCGAAUAAACAAAUUAAUAUACUUGUAUCAGCCGAGGCAUAUUUCAAACGAACUGACCUCUACUAGGGAAGAGGAGGGGAGAGUUCAAAAUGCGACUACUUUAACCCAUUUCCACCAAUCUGAAACUCGUUUGACGUUGCUGGGCGAUGAAUCCGAUAGGAUAUCAUGUCGGUUUUGAGUGGUAUUCGGAAACGUUGAAUCCGGAAAAAAGUACUGGAAAUAUUUCGGAGUCAAACCGGAACAGUACGCAAUGACAUAAUAUUGAUAUUUAUCCAAACUUUGUUUUACCAGUUUUUCGUCCAAAAUUUCGUACAUGAAUCUGGGCAGCGGCUACACAUCAAUAAUUGUUCAAUCUCGUACCAAACCAGGAUACGAGAUUGACGAUCGUUCGUUUGCUCGCAUGCUAACAGCGUAAUUAAAGAAUCAUUGUCAACCUCAAUGCAUUGUGCGCCCAAACCUGCUUGGCGGCCAUUUUAAUGGCGGAAUAAUAGAUGUUUCGGUUUUCAAUCCAUAAUAUAUUACUACCAUCCUAUGGUUAUACUAAUUGCUCAUUUUAACUUUUGUAUACUAAAAUUGCGCCAAAGAAAUGUUUAUAAUCGUCAUUUGUUGCUAUUUGUCACUUCCGAAGGUAAGAUGUAAACAAAUGCAUUGUGGUUCACAAUGACUCUUUAAUGCACACGAGCCACGGCUGUGUUAUACCGUGGUUAUACGACGCGACAACUCGACGACGCAACUUCGAAACAUGAUCCCCAGGAGACCCAGGCUCUAUUUGCCCGCGCCUGCCUGUGACUUCCAUAUAAUGAGGGAAGGACAAAGAUUGCGACCAAAAUAGUCCAUCUCUCCCCACUACAAUACUUCAUGUAAACUCGUCAUAUGCGCAUCACUGUUUUUUUACAAAGAGAUGCCUGGGUACGAGGCAGGACUUGGCGACUAAUCGAUAUCCCCUGCAAUAAUGAUACCGUUAAAUUCGCUCUAAAAUCCGCGAAGGAAUGACAAAAUUCGGCGAAAAUAUAUCCGGUUUGCUGGACAAAAUCCGGAAGUCGUUGAACAACCCAAAAUACACUCAAAUCUGAUUGGACAACGAAUAUUAACAAACAUUUCAAAUUUUUCUCCACGACACUGGCAGGGGCCGGAGGGGGACAGUAAGAAUUUGAAUCAAAACAAACGUUGUCGGGGCAAAACCAGUGCAAAGUCAUAUUUCUUUAAAUUUAAGAAGUUUAGUCAGCAAAUACGGAUGGUUUACCCUAUUGGCUAUUUGACAGGAUUCAUAGCUGAACGAUAACCUUGUAACAAACGCAAUGCGAAAUACGAAUUUAUUAUACAUAUUUUAAUAUGUAUAUUAAUAUAUUUAUUAAUUCCUGGUACCACAAGAACCUAGCUUAUCUAGUAUAUACGUAAAUGUUUUGUAUUUAAUAUACCUGACUAACUAAUAUAAUUUUCGUUCUUCUCCUUGCUUUCAAUUUUCAAAAUACGAAUUAGUCCUUUUAUUCUAUGUAACGUAGAUGGCUGCAGAAUACACACGUGGAAAAGCUGCAGAGGUUCUGCUCGACGAAGGCGCUGCAUCGUGUCUACUUGACUCCUCUGGAAAUACUGCACUCACCGUUCUUAUCGAUCGCCUACCAAAUCUCGCCUUAGAAGCAUUGAACCAAUUGCACACCACAGACGUUAUUACGAUGAAGGAAUUUUACUACCUUCAAUUCCUAGAACAGUCCCUACCCCAGGAAGAAGUAACGACCCCAGUGAUUGGUAUGCCUGCACAGGUUGAAACACCCGCAACGGGUAAAACGCCAGCAAAUGGGAAAACGACCGUAAAAGGGACAAAAAACGGAAAGGUUAAAGCGCCCACACGGGCAAAACCUGUGCGGUCACCACUUGAAAUGGCAGUUAUUACACGAAAAUUCGAAGUAGUUACCCAUCCGGUAAUGCAGAGGCUCAUUUAUAACAAGUGGAUGCAAUAUGGUCGGUUAUCCACUGUCAUCGACUUGCUAUUUCACGUCGUGUAUGGAAUAUUAUGGACUACGACUUGCAUGUUCACUCCUGGCACAGGAAAGGCACUGUAUGAACCGUUUGAGGCGCGAAUAUGGUUGAAAAUAAUGGGUUUGGUCCUUGCGGUUAUGACGUUUUAUGAUAUCGUUGGGCAGAUUAAUGGUUAGUACCAAAUUUAUAUAUCUUUGUGCGGCAAAUUUGUUUAUUUCGGCACCGCUGAAGAACUGCAGCAAACCGGCAAAAAAAUUAAAAACUAGUGAUUACUAAAGAGGUUUUCGCAAGAAUUAUGUAUAUAUAUGAAAAUAUUCAUUUUACCUCAUGAAAUAUGAAAUAUUUAUUUCACCAAAGAAAUGAAAAGUUUAACAUUCUUGUGUGUUUUCAGAGUGUAUAUAUUCAUUUUUUGUCGUAAUUCUUUUAUUGCCUUUCAAUAGCGACUAUGAAGGCGCGAAAAUCACAAAAGAAUUGGGUAGACUGGCGAAUUGCGCAACUUCAAGACGAAAUACAGUACUGCCAUCCUCGGUGGCCACAGGAGGAAAAGUACAUCCGACUUGAAAUAAAGCGCGUCAAAUCCUUGCCUUUGUUGAACUCCUUCGGUGCCUGGUUUUAUUUGGACUGGGUUGUGCUUAUCCUUAUCAUACUUACUACUGCCACAAGUGUCGUGUAUUUCUAUUUUGACAAUAGUACAACGCGCUAUGUGUACACCCGUACUAUCAGCAUUGUAAAUCUGUUGGUCUGGCUACGUUUGCUGAAAUGUGUGCGACCAUUUAACGGUAUCGGUACGCUUGUCAUCGUAUUAGGCGAAACUAUCAUAGAUUUUAUCAACUGGGCGUUUCUCUAUCUCCUCUUGCUCAUACCGUUCACAGCUGCGUUUUGGAUAAAUUUCGGAGAUAUAUCGAUCCAUCCCGUGGAAGGCUACCAUGAAGGUAUAGUAAACACGAAUACAGAAAACUCGAGAAAACUACCAACUUUGACUUUGUUGUUUAUUAUUAAUAAUAUUAGUCAUUGAAAAAUGCAUGACACAAUGGGUGGAUAAUCCUGUUUUAUACACUGCAAUUAAAAAACUGACCUUUUUAAGAUUGCAUGUUUGAGUGGAAUGGGGCAUAACAAGAAGCCUACAAGGAAGCCUACUUAUAAGUGGACAUCGACAUUAGAUGACGUUUGGUGACUUUUUUAGGUAAUGAGUUAUUGUACACCGUGUUCAGGAUAGCAGUGGGCGACAAUUUUAACCUUGAUGGAAUAGUUGCAGCUGAUCCAGUAAUGGCAAGAAUCCUCGUUGCUUUAUACGUCACUGCCGUAUCAAUAGUCACAUUGAACUUACUGAUUGCCUUACUGACCGAUACCUUCUCUCGCGUAUAUAGCAACGCUGUAGCAAAUACCAUAAUGCAGAGAGCGAUCAAAGUUGUGGACGCAAAGAGCUUGUUGACAAAAAAUCGAUGGCUUAAGUACGAAGAAUACAUGCGCAUUAAUUGCAGUCCGGAAGUCAUAAACAUCGAGGUGAAGGAACGAAGCUCCACGAGUGACCAGCAAAUCGCGCAGCAUGAAGUACAAAGUCAGUUACUCUAUCUGAAUGAGUUGCUUCUUGAUCGUUUUGGCAAGGUGUAUGGGAAAAAUAAAACAUCGGACUUCGACGCGUUGUUUCAAGAUAUCAAACAGUUACUUAUUAUGCAAGAGGAAUUGUUAAACGACUUGUUGAAGAUUCAAGAAUUAAUAACUAUGUACUCAGGUAAUAAAAAUAGAAGGUUUGGUUACCGGAACCAAGAUAAGUACGUCCUUGUUAAUUAAAUAAGUUAUGGAUUAAAUUAGCCAACAGACAACAAAUGUAUCCUUUUCUUUUUCGUAACAUCUAAUUGAUACUCGCAACACGCUGCAGUAUAUCCAGUCCAUAUGAUUUACAAAGUCCUGUCUCUUAAUGGCCGGUGGAUUUAUAGUAUAAACAUUGCCUCUCGAACUAUUGCAACUGUUCUUACUUAAUUGAAAUCCGAUACCAUUCCUUAAUACUUUGAAUGAAUACCAAUAACAAGUUAUAGAAGGAUAGUAUAUAUUGAUAUCAGUUUCUGCAAAAUUCAAUCAUUGCAAAAAUUUAGGCGCAUUAAUUGGGAAGGAAAACAUUAUAUUACUCCUAUUGUUUUUUUUUUAUCCCAGAACUCGUUUUAUAAUUAAUUAUAUCAAAUUGCGGUAAAUUUGAUUGCCUAGCAUAUUUAUAUAUUUCAGGAAACAAGGUGAAAUUUACCUCUAAUAAAUCGAAAAAUCGGAACAAUGAAAGUAAGGAAAGUGCAGACGAAGAGGGGAAAAAAAGUAAGUUGAAAUUACAAUGUGAUUAAAUAUACAGUAACCAUUAAACAUGGUGGAAUAAGUUUUAGACCUCUCCAGUAUUCUCCGACAACCUUAUUAUCUCAGCCAUAGAUAUCUUAUAUACACUAGAUAGCGCAUCUCUUUUAGUAAAAUUGAAGCCAAGAAUAUUCCAGCGGUUUCCCCCAUUUGAAUAGAUGGCGGCCAUGUUGGAGUUUCCUACUCGCUAAUAAACGCUUAAAAACAACAAUAACUUUCAUCAUCUGAAUAGUUUGAAAAUGUACUUUGAAUAGGUUUAUUAACUUAAUGUUUAAGUUCCCUGUUUAAGAAAUAGAAAACAUACGAGUCUUCUCAUUUCAUGGGAAUAUCCUGAGUCUUCAAUCACGGCUUCAAUUUUUGAAUUGCAGAAUAAUUAGAUGCACUAUCUAGUGUAUAUAAGAUAUCUAUGAUCUCAACUUAGAAGUAGAAAAUAGUUUGACUUCCUUGUUGUCGAACAAAAAAAAGUGUCGUGUUAAAUUCAGUUAUGUUUGCUUCUCUGUCUUUUUCCUCUCAAUUUGCUUUUCGACACCACCUAAAGAAUAGAUAACAAAGAAAAAAUACCCGUGGAAUAUUUGUUUACAAUUUUGUAUUUAUCAAAUAAUACUCUCAUAUACUCUGCAGGCCGCCACGAGUUAGUUCUUAUUAGUUUCAAUGUUUUCUUAUUGUAAAAGGAAAGAGACGUUCUAAACGAACAGCUGAAUUAGAAAAGGAAGAACCAAAAGGUAUCCUUUCUACUAUACAAGAGAAAGCAGUAUCGCUUUUCCACAAGAUUACAGGAGAGUCAGAAGAGGUAAAAAGUCUUUCUUCGAAACGAGAAAGAAGGGGAGGGAAACGGCGCCCACAGUCAGAGAACAGUGAAGAUGAACGUCGGGAAAGAAGAAAACGUCGGCGAAGACGGGUAAAGAACCAAGACGAUGACGAAAGUACAUCACUGGUUAGACGAAGACGAGAUCGACGGGACCCGGAUCGUUCCGAAGGAGGCAGUUCGUGGAAUCAAAAUACAUCAGAACUAGCUGUGGUUCAUUACGAACCUAGACGAAGAAAAGGGCAACGAAAUUCGAAUGAUGCAAUAGCUGAUGAGGAAUCGGACAGGGAGGUUAUCAGUUAAUAGCUAGAGAUGUUAAAAAUUCACGUUCACGGCAAACCCCUGCAUGCCCGCAAAGGUACGACAAAUAUCAAUUAAGAAAUUAUGCAUCAAAGUUGAAGCAUGAAUCCGUUACUUGGCUAUCAAAAACUUAUAGAACUUACCUUCAAAUGCAAUUUGAAGUUUGCAGUUUGCAGUUACCGGUCUGCCGUAAACGUCAAUCUUAUAACUUCUCUAUUAGUAGAGAUCGGAUCGUGUAUACUCGUUUCUUAACGUAAGCCUAUAAUACCGAAGGGUAUUAAAGGUUAAAUGCUACUGCGUGCAUGCUCCUGGUUCAUCAUUUAUUAUAUUUAUAAUCGUAAGGGUAAGUGAUUCAUAUAGUGAGUUGAAGAUAGACCUUUCAAUAACGACGAGACUGCAGCUAACAAAUGUAGAGUAAAAACUGACGCUUGAUGCAUAUGAGAUGCCAUAGUUUGCGCAACCUGAUACUCAGGGUUUUCACUUCCGCUAUCCCCCCAAACCAGUGAAAACCCUGAGUAUCAGGUUGUAGUUUGCGAACAACCUGAAAUAUCUAAUUAUUCAAACUAAUUAUGGUGUUAGAAAUGGUCACACUGAUUGCGCUUGCAAAGGCUAAAAUGGCUUCAAAUAUAGCGGAGCUAAACCCCUGAAUAGUUUUCUCCGUUCUUGAUACGAAAGUAGCUCAAUCAAUACGAAAGUAGCUCAAUCAAUCUCGUAGUGUAAAACGGAGUUAUUUGAAACAGAAUGCUGAUCACCAAAUCAGUACUUUAUGUAAGUUGUGAAUAAUCCACUAAGCUUUUGCAAUAAAGUUUGU